CACGAGCCCGAGGGUCUGUUAUAUCUCUGUUCCUUGAGAGUACCUCUCUCACUGAGACCGACCACAGCAAGCAGAGGCUGAAAAAAAAAAAAAAAAAAAGAGCAAAGAGGAAGAACACAAAAGCUGCCAGUUAUGGAAGAUGUAAAGGAGCGAGUGGAAGGAAGAAAGGGAGGGAGAGAGAGAGAGUUAAUGAAAGAGAGAAACAUCAAUGUGAGGGAGACUCAUCCACUGGUUGUCUCCUGCAUGUGCCCGACUGCAACCCAGAUUCUAGACUGAAGAGAUUUUGUACCAGAAAUAUAGUUAUCAUCCUUGGCUUCUCCUGUCUCAUGGCUGUGAUUGCUUUGAUCGCUGUGGGGCUGACCCAGAACCAAUCAUUGCCACAAAAUGUUAAGUAUGGGAUUGUGCUGGAUGCAGGCUCUUCUCAUACGACUUUGUACAUCUAUAUGUGGCCGGCAGAAAAGGAGAAUGACACAGGGGUGGUGACUCAGAUAGGAGAGUGCAUGGUACAAGGUCCUGGAAUCUCAAAAUUUGCUCAUAAAAUACAUGAGUUAAACUCUUAUCUGUCUGACUGCAUGCAAAAAGCCAAGGAAUUAAUUCCACUCGCCCAGCACAGACAGACACCUGUUUACCUGGGAGCUACGGCAGGCAUGAGGUUGCUCAGACUUGAAAAUGAAUACUUGGCAGAUGAAGUCCUGGACGAGUUGACAGAGAUCCUCAGAGGCUUCCCCUUUGACUUCCAGGGGGCCAGAAUCAUCUCUGGCAAAGAGGAAGGUGCCUAUGGCUGGAUUACUAUCAACUACCUGCUGGGGAAAUUCACUAAGAAACUGAGAUGGCUCUACCCGUUGGGAAAUGAAAGCAAUAGUGAGGAAACAUAUGGAGCUUUGGACCUUGGGGGAGCCUCUACACAAAUCACUUUUGUGCUCAGAAACCAGACAAUUGAGUCUCCAGAUAAUGCUCUGUACUUUCGUCUGUAUGGCAAGGACUACAAUGUGUACACCAACAGCUUCUUGUGCUACGGGAAGGAUCAAGCGCUCUUGAAGAAACUAAUCAAGGACAGUCAGGUUUCAAAUGGAACCAUCAGUGACCCGUGUUUCAACCGUGGAUACAGCAGGAUAAUGAACAUAAGUGAUCUUACCAGCAGCCCCUGCACCAAGAAAGAUAAGCCGACUCUUCCAUUCCCCAAGUUGCAAAUCCACGGCACUGGAAACUAUCAGCAAUGCCAGAAACUUGUCCUUAAACUCUUCGACAACAGUGACUGCCCUUACUCCCACUGUGCCUUCGAUAAAAUUUUCUUGCCCUUGCCACAACCUGAUGAACAUUUUGGGGCAUUUUCAGCUUAUUACUAUGUGAUGAAUUUUUUAAAUCUCACAUCAGAUGAAUCCCUCACCCAGGAAGAGAUAACUGACGCGAUGGAAAAGUUCUGCUCUCAGCCUUGGAAAGAUCUGAAGAUACAUUUUGGUAAUGUGAAGGAGAAGUACCUGAGUGAAUACUGCUUUUCCGGAACCUACAUUAUCACUCUCCUUCAGGGGGGCUAUCAUUUCACACCUGAUUUCUGGAAGAAUAUUCAUUUCAUGGAGGAGAUCCGGCACACUGACGUGGGAUGGACUUUGGGCUACAUGCUGAACCUGACCAACAUGAUCCCAGCUGAGCAGCCGGUGUCCUCACCUCUCCCCCAUUCCACUUAUGUCUCCCUCAUGGUCCUCUUCUCCCUGAUCCUGGUCGCAGUGAUUUUCAUAGGCUUGCUCAUCUUUCACAAGCCUUCAUAUUUCCAGAAAGACAGGGUAUAGCAGGAGCAGCUGAAAUCUGCUGGCUGGAGUGAGGAAAAAAAACUUGUCCAGGAAGCACUUUCCUCUGCAGUGGUGUCCAAGGUCACCCUUCCUUGCUCACCAAGGCCAGUUUUGACCUGUAUGAAGCUUUUCUGGCUUUGCUGAAGUCUUUCCUUGGAAAGUAUUCGCCACCUUCUGCCUCAAGAACUUCCCGACGGAUAUUGUCUGUUUUGUGAGUCUUUCCCAAACCUUCUCCUCCCUUUUCUUUUUUGUGCUCUGUGUUCGUGUAGGUCUUAAAAACCUGCCAUCUUUCGUGAUCAUUGCUUUAGAAAAGAAUAAUAUUGGUUUUAUCCAGAAGAAGAGAGUCCUGAAUCCUGUGCUGAAAACUUGUGCUGGCUAAAAAAACUAUUUCACUGUAAUCUUACAGAA